AGCACAUAUUCUUUGCCGCAUCCAGACGGCUAAUCCACCCGUGGCCUUAGCUCACCGGCCCACUAUAUAAUGCCAUCACCUUGCACCGUCUUACUCCUUCCUCACGAGCUCACCCCACCUAGUCCAGCAUGAACAGCUACUAUUACUACUUGGAGGACUCGCGGCAGUGGUUCUGGUGGAGCGGCGGCUGGCGCACAACUAACGAUGGCAGACGUUAUCCUGCAGUUAAUAUAGUUAUAUUAACUGAGGUCUCCUUCGAAUAUGUGUUCGGCAGAAAACCAUUAACCGAACCCCCUCAGGAUAGCUCUCCCGGAAUUGUGAUCUCGAUCAAAGAUAUGGAUGAUUGGCAAUUGCGCUGGGACAAUUCUGCUCGAUACAACAAGCUGUUGGUGUAUUCGUUCUACGACAAGAAUUCCACACUGUCCAAGGCCAUGGACAAGCUGUUGGAGAAACUCGCCAAGCAGUAUAAAGGCAAGGCAGACUUCUGCAAGUUGGACGUCGACAACUUCGAGUUUUUGGCGGGGCUUUGCGGAGUGGAGGGAGCGUAUCCGACGUUCGUGCUAUUCAAGAAGUGCAAGCAGGUGGGCAAGGUCGUCGGCCUCAAGGACGACGAACUCGAGCGGAGCAUCGAGCGAGCGCUAAACUAGUACUCAAUGUUUUUCGUGUGAAGGCUUAUAAUAUGGCCUUCAUGCUACAGAACUACUAUAUGUAGCUGGAAUAAGCAUGGUACGAAACUUGUCGAGAGAUAUUGAGUAUCAGAUGUACUAGUCCAUGGACCUAUAUGCUCCGGCAUGAUAUGAGCUA